GAAGCCGUCACUUGGACGCCACUCUCUGUGAAGUGUGCCGAGUUUUCUUUUGAUAGAAGCCAAGACCUUCUGUGUGUUCCCAAUCCAUCUGUUGAGCGCAUCCACAGGCUCCUUCCAUCCUCGAGCGACGAACCCAAUCAUCACAGAUCUUGUGGAUAUCGUAACCAACGACCUGGACGUCGAUAUCACAAUAUUCGACGAGACCUUGUUGUUAGGGUUUACGUUUGGGGAGCAGAAAGAAGACUUGCAUCUUUUAGCAAUCAAUUGGAUGACAUCAGAAGUGAUGAUGAAUACCAAGCUCUAUGGAUCAUCGAGUGCGACCCUUAUCUCAUCCCAAUAUGUCGUCGUUGCCCGGAUAAGAAUUGGGAGACCAAUGUUUUCUCUAGUCGACUUGCACAAAAGUCCG